AAAUUGUCAAUUAUUGUGGGUUUUUUUACUGUAGAAGUUAUAACACGGUAACUUGAAUUUCACAUCUGGUGCACGUGCAAAAUGAGAUAAAUACGGAUGUGUCAAUGGGUGUAAUAUGUCGAUAAGGACAGCUGUGACAGUACACAUUGUCAUGAUUGUGCAUGAAAUGUGAUUUAUUACGGAUAUUUUAAAAUUAACAUAUAAAAAUAUAACAUUAAUAAAUUUAUUUACAUUAUCGUGUCGCCUGCAAGAUUUUGUUAUCAAACGGAAGUUCACCGACUGACGAUAUGAUUGACUGAGUAAAGAGGCCCAGAGACAUAUUAAGCUAUACCACAACUUGAGCCAUGGACUGGGUCAUAUUAUUGCAAGCGUUUCUGUACUUUUGCAUUAGCGUGUUGGGAUUUUUUGUGUGUAUUCCUGUUGCAGUAAAUCGUUCCAACCUCGAUGGGGUAUGUUUCUUGUACGCUGAUGUGACGGGAGGGUUCGCGGUGUGGUAUGUCAGUGGAAGUGCUUCAUCUACUUGCAACUUUCCCAUUUAUUUUGGAGUGUCGGGAAUGGUUAUUGUGGGUCUAUUAGCCGGACUGUGUUUCGGCUAUUUUGCACAACAGUCCAGGAAAGACAAAGAGAUUGGAAGCCGAAUGUGGACAUUACCUUUCAUUCCAUUGAAUGCUGUUCUAACUGUCUUCACGCUGGUUGUCGCAUGUAUCCUCUCUGUUGGCAUUAAACUAUUUUGUGACGAAUUUGAGAGUAAUGGCUGUGAAACGUUAGAGCAUAAUGAAAAAACAAGAGCGUUUCCUCUCCUCUCAUCACUUUCCCAGGCCGGUGCUUGGAUUGGAUUCCUUCUAUACCUGAUACAGACUGGGAUCAGUGUUCUAAGAUUCUUCCUGAACAGGCGACUUCGGCAGAACAAAUCUAAAGAGAAAAAACCAGCUCCCGAUGAUAUUGCAUUUUGUUAAAUGCACUAUUUCAAAGGCAAAAUGUCUAUUGAUUUGAUGUUAUUUGAAGAAUAAAACAUUAAUAAAGUUGUAGGAGAAUAAACAUAAAUUUUGUUGACAAUUUGAAGUUAUAGACAUUGUUUUUUUAUGCAAAAUUUAUUAUGAAGACAAAAGUGUCUAACUUCCUACCAGGGAGGGUUAAUUUCUCCAAUGCUUUUUUAGCUCAUCUGUCACAUAGUGACAGGGUGAGCUUUUGUGAUUGCCCUUCGUCCGUUGUCCGUCGGUCCACAAUUUCCUUGUCAACACAAUAGAGACCACAUUUUGUAUUUGAUUUUAAUCAAACUUGCACACAACUUGUAUGGGCAUAAUAUCUCUGUUUCUUUCGAAAACUUGCCAGAUCCCGUCAUGGGUUCCAGAGUUAUGGCCCCUUAAAGGUCCUAUUUUGGAUUUUGCAGUCAUAUAGAGACUUCAUUUAUGGUUUGAUUUGAUACAAACUUGCAAAAUAUCUUCAACAACAAUAAAUCUUGGAUUCCAUGAUGAAUCUGUCAGAUCCAAUCAUAGGUUCCAGUGUAACGGCCCCUGAUUGACCCCUUAAAGAACCAAAAUUUGAUAAUUUUUACCUUGUGAACAUGAUAGAAGUGACAUUUUAUAUUUGAUUUUAAUGACACGUACACACAACUUAAGUCACAAUAAGAUCUCGGUUCCUUUCGAAAACCGGCUAGAUUCCAUCAUGGGUUCUAGAGUUACUGCCCCUGAAAGGGGCAAAAUUUUCUAUUUUGGCCUUUUCAGCCAUAUAGAGGUUUCAUUUAUGCUUGAUGAUCUCUAGGCCUGGAUCGAAACUAGGUCAUGUCGGGUCAAAAACUAGGUCAUCAGGUCAAAUAAAAGGAAAAGCAUGUUAACAGCCUAGAGACUCCAUUUAUGACCCAAUCUUCAUGAAACUUGGUCAGAAUGUUUAUCUUGAUGGUUCCUAGGCCAAGUUUGAAACUGGGUCAUAUGGGGUCAGAAACUAGGUCACCCAGUCAAAUCAAAGGAAAAGCAUGUUAACACUCUUGUUCAUUUGAUAUGCAUAAAACUUGGUCAGAAUGUUUGUCUGCAUGAAAUAUUGUAUGAAUUUUUAUCUGGGUCAUGUGGGGUCAAAAACUAGGUCACCAGAGCAGAUCAAAGAAUUAGCUUGUUUACACUCUAGGGGGCACAUUUUUAUACACCCGAAGGGACGUAUUAUGUUAUGGGCCCGAUGUCCGUCUGUCUGUCCGUCCGUCUGCUCUGUAACUCUUGAACCCCUUGAAGGAUUUCAAAGAAACUUGACACAAAUGUUCACCACACCGAGACGACAUGCAGUGCGCAUGUUUUGGAUGUCUCAUUUCAAGGUCAAGGUCACACUUAGGGGUCAAAGGUCAUAUGAGUGUGUUUCGUGUCCGCUCUGUAACUCUUGAACUGCUUGAAGGAUUUCAAAGAAACUUGGCACAAAUGUUCACCACACUGAGACGACAUGCAGAGCGCUUGUUUCGGUUGACUAGCUUCAAGGUCAAGGUCACACUUAGGAGUGAAAGGUCAUAUAUGACUUUGCUGUGUCCGCUCUGUAACUCUUGAACUGCUUGAAGGAUUUCAAAGAAACUUGGCACAAAUGUUCACCACAUUGAGACGAUGUGCAGAGCGCUUGUUUCGGAUGACUAGCUUCAAGGUCAAGGUCACAGGCGUGAAAGGUCAUAUAUGACUUUGCUGUGUCCGCUCUGUAAUUUUUGAACUGCUUAAAGGAUUUCAAAGAAACUUGGCACAAAUGUUCACCACACUGAGGCGACGUGCAGAGCACAUGUUUUGGAUGACUCGCUUCAAGGUCAAGGUCACACUUAGGGGUCAAAGGUCAUAUAUGACUUUGCUUUGUGUAUAUUGCUAUGCAUUGCAGUGCUCUUGUUUUUAUUUGGCAGAUCCCUUUUUGUUCUCUUACAAUAAUUAUUUUUGAAUAACUUCCCUUUUGUGUUACUAUAAAUAGCUUAUUUUGAAACUUUUUUAUUAUUGGCAGUAGGGAAAAACUGAGACCACUUUUCUGUGGUACAACAUGGAUGGUACAUCCAAUUUUAGAUGUAUUUUGACAUAACUUUACCAGGUAAGAAUUUUUUUGUGGACUUCGAAAAUUUUUUUUUUUGGAAUUUCUUCUUUUUCUUGUUCCUGUCCUUUGGGCUUCAACAGUCAAGUUCUUUAAAUUUUGCUCCCAUCCUCUGACGUAACCCUUCAGGCUUAUAUUGCCCUGCUUGGCGGCUCUCUUGUUUAUUCUGUCUUCCUAAAUUUUGGUCAGAACGUUUGUUAUCAUGAAGUCUUGGACAAGUUCGUAUCUGGGUCAUGUGGGGUAAAAAACUAGGUCACUAGGUCAAAUCAAAGAAAAUGCUUGUUUACACUCAAGAUGCCACGUUUUUUGGUUCAAUCUUACUGAAAAUUGGUCAGAAUAUUUGUUUUCAAGUAAUCACUAGGUAAAACAUGUUUACACUGUUAUGGUGUGUUUCACAGGUGAGCGACCUAGGGCCAUCUUGGCCCUCUUGUUGUUUAAUAUAGGUUGUAAGACUGAAUCAACUGCAGUUUUUGGUAGAUUUUAAAAGGCACACCCUGUAAGUGUAGGUAAAAGUAGGACUGCUAUCAAGCUGUUUUGAAAUAUUGUAUUUACGAAUGCCGGAAUUUUUGUGAGGCUACAUGGACAUUACCAAAAAAAAUUCGCAAUGUAAAACUACGUACUACUACUUCAGCUACGGAAAUUAUGUUUGUAUGAACUGUGCGUAAAGUGCAUAUUCUAAUACAGGAAUCCAUAUAUCAACGUUUUAUCUCAAGAUGGAUGUCUGUGGUGCUAUUCAUUAUAGACAGUGUCACUAGCAGGAAAUUUACAUUGAUAAAUGUUGUCAUCAGUUAUAUUUCAUAAUUACAUUAUAGCCACCAGGCACAAAGAAUCCAUAGAAGUAUUUCUUAAUUUUAAAUCCUAUAUUAUUAAGUAUUCUAGUUGUAAUACUAGAAAAGUAAAUGAAAAUUUGAAAAGAGGACAAUCAAUUUUCGCAGAACUGUGUAGCCGCCGUGGUCUUAAUGGUAAAGGAUCAGUUUUCUCUGUUCAGGUUGUCAAGUGAGGCAGUCAUCCAGCUGGCUUGCAGAAGGUGGGUGGCUUUAUGCAGGUAACCGCCUGUGCUUAGAAUAACAUCCUGAAGUGUACCCUGUGAUCUACCAUCACUGUCAAGCUAGAAAAUCACCAAUUCCUUGAAGUAUGUCAGUGUGGUAACAAACAUAAUUAGGAACGGGACAUUUUAUAAUUAGUAAUACAUUUUCACCAGUUCAUUAAGAUAUUACAAAACAUGUGUGCCUAUAGUAUAUGAAUAUCAUUAUUGCUAGGUUUUUAGCUCACCUGAGCACAAAGUUUUCAAGGAUGAGCUAUUGUGGUCAGUGGCUGUCUGUAGUGUGUCGUGUAUUUAAACAACAUCUCCUCCCAAACCACUUUGCCAAUUUUGGUGAAACUUCACCAGGGUGUUCCUUAGAUGGUCUGCUUUAAAAAUUGUUCAAAGAAUUAAUGAAUUCCAUACAGAACCCUGGUUUCCAAGCAACCGAAAGGAAAAACUUUAAAAAUAUUCUUGUCCAAAACCACAGGGCCUAGGGCUUUGAUAUUUGGUAUGUAGCAUCAUCUAGUGGUUCUCUACCAAGAUUUUUCAAAUUAUCCCCAUAGGGUCAAAUGUUGCCCCGCUCUAGGGGUCACAUGGUUUAUGUAGACUUAUACAGGGAAAAACUUUUAAAAUCAUCUUGUCCAAAACCAAAGGGCCUAGAGCUUUGAUAUUUGUAUGUAGCAUCUUCUAGUAUCCUCUACCAAGAUUGUUCAAAUUAUCCCCCUAGGGUCGAGUAUGGCCCCGCCCUUGGGGUUACAUGGUUUAUAUAGACUUGUAUAGGGAAAACUUUGAAAAUCUUUUUGUCAAAAACCACAGGGCCUACGUUUUUUUGAUAUUUUGUAUGUAGCAUCUUCUAGUGGUCCUCUACCAAGAUUGUCCAAAUUAUCCCCAUCGGGUCAAAUAUGGCCCCACCCUGUGGGUCACAUGGUUUAUAUAGACUUAUAUAGGAAAAAAUUUGAAAAUCUUCUUGUCCAAAACCACAGGCUUUGAUAUUUGGUGUGUAGCAUCAUCUAGUGGGCCUCUACCAAGAUUGUUCAAAUUAUAUCACUAGGGUUAAAUGUGGCCCCGCCCUGGGGGUCACAUGGUUUAUAUAGACUUGUAUAGAGAAAUUAAACUUUGAAAAUCUUCUUGUCCAAAACCACAGAGCCUAGAGCUUUGAUAUUUUGCAUGUAGCAUCAUCUAGUAGUCCUUUAAUUACCAAGAUUAUUCAAAUAAUCCCCCUUGGGUUAAAACUGGUCCCCUACUUCCUUGUUUUUGAAGCUACAGCAAAGAGAUUUGGACCACCUAUAUAAAUUUUUGAUACAGAUUUCAAUGUUCGUCUUGAGUAUUCAAAAUCAUGACCUACUAAUCUACUUUCUUGUUUUUAAAGUUACAGCAUAAAAAUUUGGACCACCUGUAUAAUUUUUGAUACAGAUUUCAAUACUCAUCUUGAAUAGUCUUAAUCUUGACCUACUGACCGACUUUCUUGUUUUAGAAGGGACAGCAUAGAAAUUUGGACCAUGUGUAUAACUUUUGAUACAAAUUUCAAUAAUCGUCUUUAAUAUUCUUAACCCUGACCUUCUUACCUUCUUUCUUGUUUUUGAAGCUACAGCAAAAAGAUUUGGAUCACCCAUAGACUUCAAUAGUUAUCUUGAAUAAACUUUACUAUGAGCUUCUUGUCUAGUUUUUAUGCCCCCUCCGGAGAAAGUGGGUUAUACUGUUUUGCAAUGUCUGUCUGUAUGUAGACCAAUCCAUUUCCGGAUGAUAACUCAAGAACGCUUGGGCCAAGGAUCAUAAAAGUUUAUAGGGAGGUUGUUUUAUAACCAGCAGAUGACCUUUAAUGAGUUUGAGAUCAAUAGGUCAAAGGUCAAGAUCACCGUGACCCGGAAGAGUUAAACGUUUUCCGGAUGACAACUCAAGAAUGCUUAGGCCUUGGACCAUGAAAGUCGAUAUUGAGGUUGGUCAUGACCAGCAGAUGACCCCUAUUGAUCUUGAGGUCAGUAGGUGGAAGGUCAAGGUCACAAUGACCCAGAACAGUUAAACGGUUUCUGGAUGGUAACUCAAGAAUACUCGGGCCUAGGAUCAUGAAAGUUGAUAUUGAAACUGGUCAUGACCAUUAUUGAUCUUGAGGUCAGUAGUUUGAAGGUCAAGUUCACAAUGACCCGGAACAGUUAAACGUUUUCUCGAUGGUUACUCAAGAAUGCUUGGGCCUAGGAUCAUGAAAGCUGAUAGGGAGGUUGGUCAUGAACCCUUCUAAUUUUGAAAUCAGUAGGUCGAAGGUCAAGAAAACAGUGACCCAGAACAGUUCUGGCCUAGGAUCAUCAAAGUUGAUAGGGAGGUUGGCCAUGACCAGCAGAUGACCCCUACUGAUUUUGAGGUCAGUAGGCCAAAGGUCAAGGACACAGGGACCUAGAACAGUAAAGCUGUUUCUGGAGGAUAACAUGAGAACACUUGGGCCUAGGAUCACGAAACUUGUUAGUGAGGUUGAUCAUGAUCAGCAGAUGAUCCCUUUUGAUUUUGAGGUCAGUAGGUCAAAGGUCAAGGUCACAGUGAUCCGGAACAGUUGAACGGUUUCAGAAUGAUAACUCAAGAACUCCAAUCAGCCUAGGAUCGUGAAAGUUGAUAGGGAAGUUGGUCAUUAUCAGCAGAUGACCCCUAUUGAUUUUGAGGUCAGUAGGCCAAAGGUCAAGGUCACAUUGGCCUGGAACAGUUUAAUCGUUUUCGAACGAUAACUUGAAAAAGCUUGGGCCAAGGAUCACAAAACUUAAUAGGGAGGUUGAUCAUGACCAGCAGAUGACCCUAUUGAUUUUGAGGUAAAUAGGUCAAAGGUCAAGGCCACUUUGACCCAGAACAGUAGAACUUGUGUACAGUGACCAAAUAAUUUCUGUUCCUUGUGCAAUUACUGAAUGUAUGGAGGGAGGCAUUUCGUGUUCUACAAGCUCUUCUUUAUUUUUGAAGCUUUGGCAAAGAAAUUUGGUUAAGCAUGCAAGUAAGGUGUCAGUAAGGCUCAGGUGAGUGAUAUAGGGCCAUCAUGGCCCUCUUGUUUACUAAUUGAAGGCAUCAAACAAUGCCAGUAUUACUGUAUUAUAAUUUAACUUAUAUUCAGAGUUUGUGAAAUAGAAUCUCAUGAUAAAUUGAUUAUUACAACAAAUAACACAAUGAUUUGCCUUUUUUUUGGCAUUUGUGAAAAGGCUUUUUUAAACAACAGACUUUCAUCAUGUACAAUAUUUUGAAGCCUACCAUUGUUCUUCAAAUAAGUUCUCAAUGUAGAAAAUUAUAGUAUACAAUACAGUACAUUGUAGAAAUAACUUUUAGUUAUGUGUGAAUAAAUGUGUGUUCAUUCUA